UGACGUGUGGGCGUGAGGACCCCGUGUGAGCAGCCCUGCGGGACAUUACUGUUGCCCAUCCCUGUCUCAAGGGGACAUCUCUGCUGUGCCCAUACACUGCGGCAUAGGUUCUGCCCCAUACUCCAAGGCGACUGCUAAUGUUCCGUCUGCCGUGCCCGCGUUCUAGCCUCCGGAAAGGGAAGAAAAUAAAAUUGCUUAAGGGGUCAUCUUCCCUCGUGGGCAGAUGGGGGUUGUUUUCCACACAUUGACAGCCCGUGCCUCAGGCCGUUCAUUUGUUCAGUCAGCUGUCUGUUUCUUUUGUAGACAGGACUUCAUGUAGCCCAGGCUGGCCUGCAGGACCUAAACUCCUGAUCCCCCUGCCUCUGCUUUCUGAGUGCUGGGAUGGCAGAGAUGUGCCGCCCCACCCUGGCCACCUGUGCCAGGGCUUUGUUUUUCCCACACUGCUUUGGUUUCCCCUGGGGCGGUCCCCACUGUCCCCCACAGAAACCCUCAGUCCUGGUCCAGCCUGUCCCCAGGGGCAGGAGGAGGCAGGUGCAGACAGGAAGGGGCAGAGGGUUGUACUGGUGGCACUACCCUCCUGGAACUUGGGACACUCAGCACCCUGAGCAGUGGGACCCAGGAUAGCUCCACACAGCGACAGGAUGGGGGUGCGGCCCUCCAGCCCCCUGGACAAGCGGCAGCAGCAGCAGCUGAGGGGUCAGGUGGACGGCCUGCUAAGGGCCUUCCUGCCCUGUUACCGCAGGCAGCUGGCGGCAGCCAUGCUGAGGCAGAUCUCCAGAGAACUGGAACCCCAGGAGCCAGCCGGAUGCCAGCUUUCCCACACCAAAAAGCUGCCUAGAGUCCGGGAGCACCAAGGACCCUUGACCCUGCUGUGGGGCCACCCGCCACAAUGGCAACCCACCUUCUGUGUCCUGCGUGGGGAUGGACGCCUGGAAUGGUUUAGCCGAAAGGAGGAGUAUGAGUCUGGGGGCCGUACCCUGGGCUCCACAGCCCUGACAGGGUACACACUGCUCACUUCCCAACGUGAAUACCUGUGCCUUUUGGAUGACCUCUGCCCAAGCUCCUCUGGAGACCUCGCCCAGGAGGAACCGCUGAGGGUGCUGGAGGAGCCAGUGAACUUCCCGCUCUUCCUCGUGCACCCGUUCCGGGCCCACCUCUGCUUCUGUGCACACACGAGGGGGGCGCAGCGCGCCUGGAGGCUCGGCCUGCAGGGUGCCAUCCGGCUGAGAGCCACCGGUGCGUUCCAGGGCGCAGGUGGGGCGCGAGAGGACGAUGGGUGUAGGUGCGGGGUUCCCUGGGGAGGGUUGGAGCACAGUGCCCGGCUAAAGGCAUCUUCAGUCCUGCAGCGCAGCCGGGCGCCGGCGGCCUGUGCCUUCCUGGACACCGUGCAGCUCUAUCGACGACGUCGGGGCUUUGCCGGUGGUGACGACGCAACACUGGGCUCUGAUGCGGAGGUGCUGAGCGCCGAGCUGAUGCGGGAGCUGUUACCUGCUCUACGCGCACAGACGCUACGGAGCCUGCGCAGCACUGGACGCGCCCGGGCCCGGGCCUGCUCGGAGUUCCUCGACGCUGUGCACGCGGCCGUCCUGGCCAGGGUAUCUGCAGGGCUGCGUGCCUUCCAGCCGGAAAAGGAUGCACUGCUAGCGAAGCUGGAGAGGACGGUGCGAGCAGAACUCGAGCAGAUCCUGCAGCAGCGAGCGCAAAGGGCUCGGAGACUAGAAGCGGAGAUCCGGGACCCCCUAGAGGCUUGCCUGUGCCGCAUGGUGGACCCGCAACUGCCCCAGAUUAUCCAUGCGCUGCUAAGCCUUGUGGAAGCCACACUCCAAGCCGUUCGGACUCUCCUCAUCCGGGGCAUGGACCGGCUGUCUCACCACCUGCGCAAGAACCCUUCUGGCACGCGGCUGCGCAGGGAGGUUUAUGAAUUUGGGGAGAUACCUUGGGACCCAGAGCUAAUGCAAGCCUGUUAUCGGGAAGCAGAGAGGAACCGAAGCCAUCUGGCCCAGCUGGCAGAACCAUUUGGCUUCCUGGGGAUGCAGAGCCUGGUGUUUGGGGCCCAAGAUCUUGCGCAACAGCUCAUGGCAGCUGCAGUCACCACCUUCCUGCAGCUGGCCGACAAGUGUCUGACAUCAACUCUGGACUGCGACCAGGCAGCUGAGCAGCUGGAGAAAGUCAGGGGCCUUGUGCUGAAGAAGCUCACCUCGGACAGUGAGACCAGUCGGUGGAGGUUCACCCGGGACUGGCUGCUGGGAAUCUUCUGGCCCUUUGUGUGGAGCCAGCUUGGGGUGAGCUAUAACUCGGAACAGCCUGAGGUGGAUGGGGACAUCUUGGCCGUGGGCUCCCAGGCUCUGACCACUGAGGGUGUCUGCAGGGACGUCAUCCAGGGCCUCCUUCUGCAGAGAGUUGACAGAGAGUUGAACAAAAUCCUUGGUGCCAGCGACAGAACCCGCUCUCCAGCAGAGGACCAGGAAAGAGCACGCCCCACCUCCAGCUUGUGACAUGUGACAUUGGGAUCCAGGUGAUGGUCAUCAUUUCUACAGAUGAAGGAGCUGAGACUCAGGUCUGAGACAGAAGAGAUCUACUCUGGUGGCCAAAUUCAGCCACUCUGCCCACCAUUGCUUCCAAGAACAACCAGAGCUGUCUUCACCCAUGCCCAUCCUGGAUGAAGACCCAAGUGUGUGAGCUGCACAGAACAAAGCACCACAGACUGUGUGUUCCUGCUAGAAUUUUUACACUCAAGUUCUGAACUAGCCUGGGCUACUAUAAUAUGACAUUGUAUUAAAAAUACCCCAAAACUUGUUGGUUUAACACAUAUAAUCCCAUUAAUUUCACAUUUUAUUAU